AUGACGCGGUUUCCCACCCAGGAGCCGACGGUUAUGGCCAGCUGCUACGCCGUCGAGUCUGGCAGCACCGUUGUCCACGGCUUCCACUAUUGCACUACUCUGGGCGCCGGGUCUAAAAGAAGUACGUCAAGACCUCCCCUCGAGUAUUCCGCGCCCGGCGGAUCGCUCAGCUGGGCCGGGAACAACUGGCCCGAGUCCAAAGCCAAAGGGGAGGCGACGCACACCAUCCCGGAAGAGUGUGAGAGGCUCUUCUGUGACAGACUGUCCACGACAUUCCUUGGUGAGAGGAUUGGCGCGAGGCAGGAGUCACUGGGGAUGGGUACGUUCCAACGGACUCAGCCAAGUCAACAUCCACGCCAGCAUCCACAUCAGACCGGGCAGGGCCACGAACGUCCUCGGAUCCAGAGAUGGAUUGAAGUGUGGGACUACAGUGGCGAUGCAAUCUACCGCGGCUUUGUGGCGGGUGAAGGCGACGAGCGAACGCUGUUUGUAUUCCUCGAGGACGGCGCCCUCGGGCACGGUCUCAAAUCUGGGUUAAUCGCCCUUUUCGAACUGGCGGGAAUCGACGCCUUUGAUUGUUCCCAGAUAGUCGCCUGCGUCAAGCGCUCGCAGCACCCUGAUGAGAUGGAGCUCGUCCGCAGUCUCGGGUGGUGCGGGUUCAACCUCACCACCUUGGAGCCGUGGAGCAGGGGCGUACCAGGCAGCUCGGGCCCAUGCUUUAGCACAAAAUGGCUUUUCUUGGUAGCUGAGGUAUAG